AAUUAUUCAUGAAUUUUUCGUUAUCGGUAUCAAAUAAGAUUAAUAUAAGAUAUAUUUUUAGGUAAAGAAGAGAUCUAAACGAGAUCUUUUCGAUCGCGUCUUAUCAAUUCAUACUACCUCAUAGUCAUUAUCUUCAAAGUUAGCAACUCUCAUUGUAAAGUCGGACGAACAGUUAAAUUGUAUUUGUUUCAGAAUUAACAUUAUCACGGGAAUGACAAUCCUCUGUACAUAUUUUUCUCACUUCAAUUUUAUUUAAAACAAAUGCUGACCUAGAUUUUCAUUAUUAAAUCAGCUCGUCAAAUAGAAUCUUAUUUAUCGGAUAUAUACAGGGUGUCCCAGAACAAUUGUGCCACAGCUCAUGAGAGUGUACAGUGGAUUAAGACGAACAAAGUCCUAUAUCAUUUUGCGAUAUUCGCAAUAAUUGUCAAGUUAUUAAUUAUAUAAGUCGAAUGAAUGAGCGAGCACAAAGAAGUAAAGGAGGAGCAUUUCACAAAGGAGUCGUCCUCGGACUGCGCAGCCUAGUCGUUCUAGCAACUGUUACUGACAUAUAACAAAAGGAAGGACAUCACACCACUACAUGUGUGUCUAGCUCGUAUUCGCAGUUAUAAGGUCAUUUUAUGAGACAGCAGAAGUGGUUCAUAUUGAAACUAUAACAAGUUUUGUGAUAAGAAGAAAAUCGGAAGAUCUUUCAAUUUUUUUUACUAAGAUCUUUCAAUUUUUUUUAUCACAAUUUAUUACGGCUUCAACAUGAGCUAUUUCUGCCAUCUCUCAUAAAAUGAUCUUGCAGUUGUAAUUGCGAAUAUUUAGCGGCCAUAUCGAUGUGACCAUAUCUUAGGCGAGAGUGCGGCGAGAUAAGCACAUGUGUAGUGGCGCGAUAUGCUUCCCCCCGCCGUGCACCGACAACAGUUGCUAGAACAAUUAGGCCGAGAAACGACCUAAAUGUUCCUCUCCUACCACCUCGGUGCGACCUCAUUUAUCCGACUUCUAUAACUAAUAACUUAUAUAAUGUCGCAAAACGGUAACAAGACAUGGCGAGAGAGCACCUGAAACUACUUAUCACAACGAUCCUUAUAUCAAGAAUCCCAUGGAACCUUAUGGCUGGGGUCAAUUAACAAAUGAAGGAAGACUAAAUCAAUAUAAUCAAGGACUGUUUUUGCGAGAACGUUACGAUGGCUUCUUAGGAACUUCAUAUAGUCCCAAUAUAUUCUAUCUGCAAAGUACGUACGUAGGUCGUACGAAAAUGUCAGCCAUGUUAGAAGCUGCUGCUUUAUGGAAGCCUAAUAAGGAACAAUCGUUCAAAUCCGAUCUACCUUGGCAACCAGUCGUACUGUUCUAUCAAGAACAAUCGGAAGACACGCUUAUGUUAGUGUGGAAUACAUGUCCAAAGUAUACUCAGCUACGCAAUUCGGUGAACGACUUGCCAGAAGUCCAGACAGUAUAUGAGAAUAAUAAAGUAUUGUUCGAGGAGCUCACGAACUUUACGGGCAUGCCAAUUGCUAAUGCAGAUGACGUGAGUUCGUUCUAUGCUACUUUAGUAGCUGAGAAAGCAAUGAACUUGACUCUGCCGGAAUGGACGAAAGAUUAUUAUCCUGAUAAGUUGAUACCUCUGACCUUGUACUCCAUGCAAUUUAACACGUACAAUAACGAGUUUCGCAAAUUGAAAGGCGGCCCCAUGUUGAAGAAGUUCACCAGCGACAUGUUGGCAAAGAAAAAAGGCACUUUAAAGCCUGAGCAAAGAAAAAUGUUCAUGUUCGUUGGUCACGAUAGCACUAUCGUCGAUUUGAUGAACACAAUGCACAUUUGGCACAAUCAGUUACCGCACUAUAACAUUAUGAUAAUGAUAGAACUGCAUGAGAACGAGGGCGAAUGGAACGUUCAGAUAUUUCUACGAAACACAACGGUCCACGAGCCGUACUCGUUGACGAUACCUGGAUGCACCGUCGUGUGUCCUCUCGAUAGGUACGUGGAGAUAUUUCAGCCGAUAAUAUCGACCAAGUGGGAAGACGAGUGCAAAGCCGAUGACAACUACGUAAUGCCAUCCGCACCACUUGCAUAGUUGUAGAGAUAGUUAUUUAUUAUAAACAUGAUCCAUCGUCGUGUAUAACUUUAUUGUAUACUCACACUGUAAAUAAUUAUUUACAUCAUUAAUA